AUGAAUUCUGACAGCUUUAUUCAUAAGGAACUUUUGCGUAUAUAUCCAGAAUAUGGUGAAAUAACUGACCCUACCCUACAAUUAGACUUCUUCACCGCCUUGCCCCUCACAACACGGAGGGCCCUCAAGGCAGCAUCUGUGCGCGCAAAGGGAGUUGGGCCCAAUAGGCUCCUCAUUAACGAUCCACAGAUUGACACCCAGGCCCUUUGUGCUCCUGGUACGUCAACGUUAUCCUCCUGUCUCACUGACCAACCCACGCUCUCCACGCUGAUAUCUGCAUAUGUUGCUUACUACCCCUUUACUGCGGAGGAAGACAUGCCAGCUGGGCAAACACACAGUGUCUUAGAUUCACAAGUUAUUGCAGCAUACCGCGCCUGGCGGCGAGAUGUGACAUCCUCUUCGUACAUCUCUCUUCCUGGUCAGACGAUGGAGCUUGUUGGCUUUCUGUCUGCCGAGUGCUUAGAUGACGAUCUCUGUGUAGUUGAAGUGGUAGACCUAUACUAUCUUUUGCUCCGCAGGGGCGAGUCCUAUGCCAAGCAUCUCUUCAGAGCUCGUUUUCCGUUGACCCACGAAAUAGACACCCCCAGUAUUGGUUCAGCUAAGGGGUAUCCCAAUGAGCCAACGCAGGUCCUCCUUUCCAACGUGCCAUUGUUUGCAGACCAAACUUGCAGGAAGCAUGCAGACCUUACUGCUAUCCUCGAGCAGUUUGUACAGCUCCGUAAGCAGUUCCGUCUUUGGCUUUUGGCGGAUCUUCAUUAUCAGGUCCUUACACUACUAGACAGCAACUGUACUGGCAACGCAAACAAUACCGAUGUAUCUAUACCCAGCCUUUUUAUUCUUGAUGAGCCGUUUCUCCCCCAGGACGCUUCAGAUGAUGUCUAUGAGCCUAACGAAAAUAAGAAUCGGCUUCUUGUCUUAAAAGAUAAAGCUGCAGCCACUAGCAUGCUUUUAAACACGCCCUGCAUUUCGGAUCUUCAGAAUAGUCAGGAGAAGAAGGGUCUUGAGGUGCUACAAUCUCUCCAGAACCAUCUCAUGCGUUAUGUAGACAAGGAGUUUGAUGCUUUGUGUGAGGCACACAUCCCGCUGUUCCCCAAAGGAUGGGCGUAG